AUGCCUUUCCUUCAAGGCAUCCUCAGCCUAGCUCUCGCCUCAGCAACACUAGCAGCAAAAGAUGACCUCAGUCACGUAAAACCCCUUAUCGGCUCCACAAACGGCGGCAACGUCUUCGCCGGCGCAAGUCUCCCCUACGGCCUUGCCAAACCCGUCGCUGACGUCGACGGACAAAAUACAGGCGGAUUCUCAACGGAUGGAAGCAAUGUAACCGGCUUCUCGCAUAUGCAUGAUAGCGGAACGGGCGGGAAUCCCUCUAUGGGUCAAUUUCCCCUGUUCCCGCAGACCUGUGCGGAUAAUGUCGUUGAUAAAUGCAAGUUUCCUAAGAUGGCGCGUGCGACACCGUAUAAGAUGGGCUCGGUGGAUGCGAAGCCGGGGUACUUUGCGCUUGAGCUGCAAAGUGGGGUGAAGGCGGAGAUGACUGUUUCGCGGCGUGCGGCACUUUAUCGGUUUACGUUCCCCGAGGAAAUGACUGCGGAUGGGAGUUUAUUGGAUCCGUUGAUAUCGUUGGAUUUGACAGAUCUUUGGGAUAGUCGGCAGAAUGCGACUGUUAGUGUUGAAUCGGAGGCUGGAAGGAUCAAGGGGAAUGGAACAUUCUUGCCGAGUUUUGGAGCUGGAUAUUAUCAGGCUUUCUUCUGUGCUGAUUUUGUAGGCGCGGAGGUGAAGGAUAGUGGGAUCUGGGUGAAUGAUCGUGCGGGCUCGGAGCCGAAGGAGCUAUUUGUUACUCGGGGAUUCAACAAUUUCUAUCUUCAGGCUGGUGGAUAUAUGAGCUUCGAGAGGCCUGUUGAUGGGGUUGUCACUGCGCGGGUUGGUGUUAGCUAUGUUAGCACUGAGCAGGCCUGCUCGAAUGCUGAGAAAGAGAUCCCGGAUCCGCUUGGCGGUUUCGAUAAACUACGACAGAGCGCCGAAGAUGCAUGGAGCGAGAAGCUCGAACCAAUUAAGAUUACGUCAGGCGGCACGACCGACAAUAUGCUCGCUGCCUUCUGGAGUGGCAUCUACAGGACUAUGCUCUCGCCUCAAGACUUGACUGGAGAGAACCCUCUUUGGCAGAGUGAUGAGCCUUAUUUCGACUCUUUCUAUUGCUUAUGGGAUGCCUUCCGAGCGCAGCACCCGCUCCUAACCAUCUUGGAUCCUCAGGCUCAGUCUCGCAUGGUCCGCAGUCUGCUCGACACCUUCAAGCAUGAAGGAUGGCUGCCCGAUUGCCGCAUGUCCCUCUGCAAAGGAUGGACGCAAGGCGGUUCCAAUGCCGACGUGGUCAUCGCGGACGCAUACGUCAAGAACUUGACCGGUAUUGACUGGGAGCUUGCAUACAAUGGCAUGGUCAAUGAUGCUGAGAAUGAACCGUUGGAAUGGUCAUAUGAAGGACGUGGGGGUCUUCAGAGCUGGAAACGAUUGAACUACAUUCCAUACCUCGACUUUGACUACCUCGGAUUUGGUACAAAUUCUCGCAGUAUCUCGCGGACAUUGGAGUAUGCCUACAAUGACUACGUUCUCUCGAUUGUGGCCAAGGGUCUUGGCAAAGGGGAUCACACAAAAUACCUAUCUCGCGCUGACAAUUGGCAGAAUAUUUUCAAAGAAGACCAGACUUCAUUCCUGGCAAACGGGACUGAUACUGGCUUCAGGGGUUUCUUCCAACCGAAGUACCUAAAUGGCACUUGGGGCUUCCAAGAUCCUAUCGCUUGCAGUGCUUUGGCCACAUUCUGCUCUCUGACUUCCAAUCCAUCUGAGACAUUCGAGUCCAGCAUUUGGGAGUAUCUCUUCUACGUUCCCCAUGAUAUCGCCCAAUUGAUCAAGUUCAUUGGUGGCCCCAAGGAAUUUGUGGCUCGCCUAGACUACUUCCACGAGUCAGGUUUGGCCGAUAUCGGCAAUGAGCCCGUCUUUCUUACAGUGUAUGAGUACCACUAUGCCGGUCGUCCAGCACUCUCCGCACGCCGGGCCCACAGCUACAUCCCCGCGUCGUUCAACGCAACCUAUAGCGGCCUGCCUGGAAAUGACGAUUCCGGUGCUAUGGGCUCAUUUUUGGCCUGGAGCAUGAUGGGCUUGUUCCCGAACCCAGGACAGAACGUGUAUCUCAUCACCCCUCCAUUCUUCGAGGCGGUUGAAAUCACCCAUCCGGAAACAAAGCAGACAGCUAUCAUCCGCAACGUCAACUUCGAUAAGACAUAUGAGAAUAUAUAUAUCCAAAGCGCCAAGCUCAAUGGCAAGCCAUAUACAAAGAGCUGGAUCGGACAUGAGUUUUUUACUGAGGGUAUGACGCUCGAGCUGACGCUGGGCGACAAGGAGAGUAACUGGGGCACAAGCAAGGAGGACUUGCCUCCGAGUUUGAGCGAUGGCAUUGCACAAGAUGAGAUGCAGGUUGCAUAG